GUGGUUAUGUCUCCAGUCUGGGAGGUCAUCAACACAGCCUAGAUCACAGCCAUAGCCACGAUCAAAGCCAUAGCCAUAGCCAUGAACAUGGACACACACACGAAGUGAUGGAGAACCCUGGUACAUUCACAGACAGGGAAAUGCCAGCAUACAGACAUGACUGGAACCAAAGAGCAUUUACUGUAGGCAUUGGUGGACCUGUAGGGUCGGGAAAGACCGCUCUAGUGCUAGCUUUGUGUCAGUACCUAAAGGACAAGUGUGGCGUGUGUGUGGUCACCAAUGAUAUCUUCACAAAAGAAGACUGGGAGUUCCUAGUGAAAAACAAGGCCCUGGACCAAGAACGAAUGAGAGCUGUGGAGACUGGUGGAUGUCCGCAUGCAGCCAUCAGAGAGGACUAUUCACUGAACAUGGCUGAAGUAAGAGAGCUUACUUUGAAGUUUCAACCGGAUCUUGUAUUAAUAGAAUCCGGAGGGGACAAUCUUGCAGCCAAUUUUUCCAGAGAGUUAGCAGAUUAUAUCAUUUACGUCAUUGAUGUAGCAGGUGGUGACAAAAUUCCAAGAAAAGGUGGUCCUGGUGUUACGCAGAGUGAUCUGCUUGUUAUCAACAAGACAGACUUAGCUGAAGCUGUUGGAGCUAACUUAGAUAUAAUGAAAAGAGAUGCCAAAUUGAUGCGCCAAGAUGGACCAACAUUAUUUAUUCAAGCAAAACAUGGCUUGGGCGUAGAAGAUGUAGCACAGCAUAUCUUGUCAGCUUACAAUCUUCAAAAACUGUCAUCAUAA